AGUUUACUGACAGAGUGGAAGUUGGUCGCUACGUCCUCACACAAAAAAACAAAAAACUGUGUCAGUCAAAGUUGUGGCGUGGAGCGAUUCAGCGACGACACCGACCACUUUAGCGAAGUUUAUGUUAGUGACGAAGACUUUUGGCGAAGUUUUGCUAAACAAAUGCGUUAAUGUUCCGCGGCGGUUGGAGGUGCCUCGAGCGGUACGGUAUGCUAAAAUAACAUUACGUCGUACCUUUGUGUUGGGUUAUGGGUGUCAGACGCUGCUGUAUUCCUGACUGGCAACACCGACUACAGCUGCCGCUCCGUGGAGUAUUUCUAGCAUGCCACGCUGGCAGAUAACUUCUCCAAAGAAAAGAGAACUUUGCCUACAACUUAGAGGUGAGCCACGCAGUAUGAUACUUUGACAUUUUGUAUUUCACGUGGAAGUCUUCUUUUCUUUUUUCUUUUCUUUUUUUUACACCGCGAAUGAUGAAGAUUAUGAGAUACAUGAGGGGAAGUGGGAGGGUCCUCGCGUUUGUGUUUAUCGCCUCUGUCGUUUGGCUGCUGCUGGACAUGGUGGCACUUCGCAUGUCAAUGAACGACGACGGCAGUCAGCUGCUGAAGGAGCGAGUGAUCAGAGAGAGGGAGGUCUCCAAACAGCAGUCCCGGGCCACACAGGUGGGGAGACGGGGGUUCAAAUACCCAGUUCAGAGGGAGGACUUUGCUGUUACACUUGCUGUGAAGGGACCACUCGGUCCAAGCAACAAACUAGCUCAUGUGUACAGACAGGAAGGCCAGAAACAGGGUAAAAACUCCUUUCAUCACCAAGGAGAUCAUCUUCCCAAGACUGACAACCCCAAAGAUGUUGCUUUGGAACAUAAAGGAGGAGCCCCCGUAGGCAAGGUCACACCAAAGCAGGAUCCUGCAAAGAAGAAAGCGGUAAACUUGGAUCCGAAAGGGAUGAAAUUAGAGAAAGGUAGAGUAAAAGAUGGCUCUAUUAAAGUGGCGGUACCUGAGGUACUGCCUGGUGUUCAGGAAAACAAACAUGCUCCACUACAAAACUCUGACAAAUUGGAAAAAGGCAAGAAUGAAGCUAAAGUCAAGACUGGAGCAGAAGUGGGUCUGCUUGACGCCAGUAAGGCACACCCUGUUAAAACAACGAAAUCUCCAAAGAUGGGUGUAAAAGGAAAGGAUGUAGUCAGUAAAAUAGAGGAGAAACACGACCCGAAGGCAGCGAAGGAAACCCCGAAACCUACAAUCAAGCUCCGAGCAGGAGACUCCAAAGAUAAGUCUCCCGCUGCUGUCAGAAAACCAGGUGUCCACAAAGUGCUCUCUCUGGAUCUGACCGACGUUCCCAGAGAUGCCAACGCGGUGGGCCAGUUUGGUCAGGCAGCACUCGUCGCCAGCAACGAAGAUGCCGAGGUGAGGAAGAGAUGGGACGAAGGCUACUUCAACGUCUUCCUGAGCGACAAGAUCCCCGUGGACCGGGCCGUCCCAGACACCAGGCCUGACAUGUGUGCACAGAAUCUGGUCCACGAUGACUUGCCGUCCACCAGUGUGAUUUUCUGUUUCGUGGAUGAAGUGUGGUCAACGCUCCUCCGCUCUGUGCACAGUGUGCUCAACAGAUCUCCUCCACACCUCCUCAAAGAGAUCAUCCUGGUGGAUGAUUUCAGCACCAAAGACUAUCUGAAACAGCAGCUCGAUACCUAUAUGUCCCGGUUUCCCAAAGUGAAAAUCGUUCGUCUGAAGGAGCGGCAGGGCCUGAUCCGGGCCAGGCUGGCUGGAGCUGCUGUAGCCAAAGGCGAGGUUCUCACCUUCCUCGACUCCCACAUCGAAUGUAACGUGGGCUGGCUGGAGCCGCUGCUGGAGAGAGUCUAUCUGGACCGCAAGAAGGUGCCCUGCCCGGUGAUUGAAGUCGUCAGCGAUAAGGACAUGAGUUACAUGCUGGUUGACAACUUCCAAAGAGGUGUUUUCAAAUGGCCUUUGGUUUUUGGCUGGGGUGCGUUACCAGAGGAGUACAUUAAGAAGAACAACAUGACCGUCUCCGAUCCCAUCAGAUGUCCCGUUAUGGCUGGAGGCCUUUUCUCCAUCGACAAAAAAUACUUCUAUGAGCUCGGUGCUUACGAUCCAGGCCUGGACGUGUGGGGCGGGGAGAACAUGGAGAUUUCGUUUAAGAUCUGGAUGUGCGGAGGGGAGAUCGAGAUCAUUCCCUGCUCCCGGGUGGGACACAUCUUCCGAGGAGAGAAUCCUUACAAGUUCCCCAAAGACAGGCAGAAGACGGUGGAGCGUAACCUGGCGAGGGUGGCGGAGGUCUGGCUGGAUGAGUACAAGGACCUCUUCUAUGGCCACGGCUACCAACACCUGCUGAAUAAGAAGACGGUUAACAUCGGCAACCUCACCGAGCAGAUUGAGCUGAGGAAGAGGCUCAAGUGCAAGAGCUUCAAGUGGUACCUGGAUAACGUGUAUUCAGAUAUGAAGGCUCCCUUAGUCAAAGCUGAGGGCCUGGUCUUUAAUCGUGGCUUAAGAAAAUGCCUCACUCUGCAGAACGGCUCUCUGUCGUUUGACAAGUGUGACCUCAGCAGGCAGAGUCAGCACUUUAAUUACACCUGGAUGAGACACGUUCGCCAGCAAGAUCUAUGUGUCGCUCCCCACGGCAAGGGCAGCGGCUUUGCUUUACAAUUAUGUGACAACGCCAAGCCUGCACAUCGCUGGUUCCACAAAUCAUCCAACUCCGCUCUGGCGGAGCACCUCAUCGCAGAGUUUGUGUCCAACCACAUGUGCCUGGAGGCGGGGCCUCAGGGUGACGCUCUUCACCUGAAUCCAUGUGAAACCAGAAACGCCUUCCAAAAGUGGCAGUUCACACACUACCACACUCUGUGACGAGACUAAAAUGUGUCAAACGUGCACUAUAGAGACCUUCAGGGGCCUCACAUUACAGCGCGGUCUGUGGUCCAGACUCGACACACGACUGUCCAGAGGAGGAGGGACGCGCUUUAGUGGCAGUAACGUGUGUGUGUGUGUGUGUGUGUGUGUGUGUGUGUGUGUGUGUGUGUGGUGUAAAAGCAGAGGAUGUGGGGAUGUGCAAUGUUACUAAUUUCCUUUUGAUUAUAUCGCCAUGGACUGACGUUGAGGUUUUAAACACUUGUACCGGAGGAAAGAGAGCUUCUUGUCUCUGUUUAGGAAGAUGUGGACCGGAGUUUGCUCAAGGGAUUCGGGUGACUGUCUACAGAAGAACACUCCAUUUCAUCACACUGCCAAAGAUUACACAGUGACUCUUAGAUGUGAGAGGAAAAAAGUGAUUUUUCUUUCUUUGUUUGCUCUGCGGGGACUGAUUGAGUUUAUUUGGCUGCCAUGUAGAAUGUAUUAGCAUUAAAACACAUCUUUUCUAGAUGUCAUUUACUUUUAUGUUUGAUGAGGCACGUGGUUGAAACAGCUGCUUCUAUGGUUUUAAGCAUUAUUUAGGUGUAGUUUUUUUUUUUUUUUUUUUAAACUGUCCCUUUUGUAUAUAUUUCUUCUUGUCACUAGAGGGAAGUGUUGUUCAAAACAUGCAAUAAACCUGUGCUGUGAUGUCAUGAUGUUGUGACCCGUUAUCAAACCCCUUCACCACGCACUGAUAGAAAUGGAUUUGAUUAAGAAACUAAAAAUAUAACGAUGGAGAUAAAGAUUUAAUAGCAUGUAUCACUUUAUUAUGUUUUUAUCCACCAGCCUUUAGGACAUGUAAGUAUGUAUGUUUAGGUAAUCACUUGAACAUUCUUACCCUCAUUACUAGAGGUUAAGAUACCGCAGCGCUAAUACCAAACAAUGUUUUAGUUAUUAGUAGGAUUAUAAAUCCCUGAGCGUCUUAUUUAUGUAAUCUGCUCAAAUACCUGUCUUACAUAACGAGAUGUUUUCAUCCUAAAACCAUCAACUCAAAACACAAAGUACAUCUUAGAUAUGACAUGGUUGUUGGGCCUUGCUCCCCCAUCAGAUACUACACAACAGAUAUAAAUAGCACUCAUUUGGAAAUCGUGUGUCACCUGGAGAGUUACAUCAGAGAUUUUAGAACAAAUAAGUAUGUAAACUGUGUGCCACAUGGCAUAGAUGUCAGCUUUGUUAUGGAUCCCGUUCAGCAGUUUUCAUUUUCCUUAAAAG